AUGCAGCAUCCAUUCCAAUGCAUUGCAUCGCUUCGGGUCGGUCCAGGUGAGCAGGAUGGCUACCUUAUCACGGCUUGUGGCCCAAGACUGGUCGUAUUGAAAUUGGCCACGAGUGAAGUCGUCUGCGAAUGGUCGGCGGAGGAAACUCCCGUCGAGCCCGAGAGCAAGCAAGACGACACGGCAGAACGACCGGCGAAGAAGCAAAAGACCAGCAAUGCCUCUCCGGAGAACGACACUCCCUUAACUGGCAAGCGACAAAAGUCCAACAAAGCACCACCAAAAGCCUCCAACAUCAUCAAGCUCACCGUCUCACCUUCACAAUCCCACAUCGUGGCUGUGACCGACGACAAGUCCAUUCGCGUCUUCUCCUUCGACUCGUCAUCCAAAACCCUGACCGAACUCUCCCGUCGCUGCAUGCCCAAACGUCCCUGCGCCAUCCAAGUCCUACCUGACAAUGCCACCCUCAUCUGCGGCGACAAGUUCGGCGACGUCUACUCCCUCCCUCUCCUACCAUCCAGCGAACCAGAAGUCAACGCACCACAGUCGGAAGCACCACCAGCAACAGAACAAUUCAAACCCUCCGCCACGCCUCUUACAGUUCACUCCCGCCGCAACCUCGCCGCUUUGACUCAGCAACAAAAACAGAAGAACUUCACUCCGCGGAAAGAUACCCUCAGCGCAUUCUCCAAUACUCUCCUCCUUGGCCAUGUCUCCAUGCUCACAGAUAUGCUGUAUACCACGCAUCAAUCCGCAGGAGAGUCCAAGCCGAGGAGUUACGUGCUAACCGCCGAUCGCGACGAACAUAUCCGCAUCUCUCGGGGUCCGCCGCAGACACAUGUCAUCGAGGGCUACUGCCUAGGUCACACGGCAUUCAUCAACAAGAUUUGCCGAGUCGGAACGUCGGAAGUAUUGGUGAGCGGAGGAGGAGACUCGUGGCUGGGAGUCUGGGACUGGUUGAACUUCUCGCUGAGGCAAAAGUUCGACUUGUUGUCGUUGGUACAGAAUAUCUCACCGGAGGAGACGCAGAUUGCUGUGAGUGGGAUCUGGAGUGUUGGAGAUGGAGAGAGUGCAAGUGUGGUGGUGACUUGCGAAAAGAUCAAGGCUUUGUUCAUUAUUCCCAGGACGGCGCUGGAAAGCGGGUCGGACGAGGGCGUACAGACGAUUCCACUGUCGCACUGCCCGUUAGAUGUGGUCGUCACCGAUGAUGCAAUUCUCGUCUCAACUGAUGCUCGUGCCGAAGGAGAGAAGAGAGUAAUCUGCGGCAAGCUGGGCGAGUCAGGCUGGGAAGAGUGCUCGGAAAAGGAACUGGAGGCGGCCAACGCUUACAAGGGACCGGAGAGAUUGAUCACAGACAAGGAGAUGGAUGCAUUCCUCUACAACGUAGCGAAUCUGAGAAAGAGAGGUCCACUAGAAGAAGGUGCCGCCGAAGAAGCAGAGGCCGACGGUGGUGCCGAGGAGGACUAA